AUGCAGUUCUCAGCUCUUGUCUUGUCUGUUUCUGCGACUCUUAUCGCAGCUGCCACAGCUACUGACAACAUGAAUCGCGAUGUUGACUCUGGCUGCCGCGCCUUUGAGGACCCUGAUUGUGGCAUUGACCAUGGUGUGUGCCAAUGUUCCAAUGGAUGGUUCUACGAACUCAACUUGGACAAUAUCGACGACGGAAACUACUGCAACCCACCUUGGGGAUUCCUUGCAACAAAUGCAUCUGGACUUGCUGGAUAUACCUGUUAG